AUGAAGUAUGUCGCAAAAACUAUUACUUCUGAUAAGGGGAAUGAAAGCACAAUUGAUCAUGGUGCUGCAAAGAAAGAUGAUGCUUCAGAAGUACAGGUGAUGGUGCAAAACAAUUUUUCUGUACUAAACACUGUGGAGGAAGGAGAGAUACCAAGUACAAGUACAUCCAAAGAUGAGGGGGAGACUUCUAAUGUAAAUGGCCACAAGGAUGAUCAAAGUCACCAGGUGGAGACAAGGUUGAAUAAUGCAGAUAUCAUUCAACCAGAUGUUCAGGAAGGUAUGCCAGGCACUUUUCAGGAAAAAGAAACUCAUAGCUCCUUGGCUGAUGAGGUGGAGGAAAGGCAAUAUGAUGAUGGAAUACAAAGUAAUGCUGUGGGAGACUCUAGUAAAAGCGACAGUGUGGAAGAAUCAAUUAAUGGUGGCAUCAAUGAAGUAGAAAAGGAAUUGAAUACAGGAGAAAACCAACAAGAAGAUGGAGAACAUGGUAAAACUGAUGGACAAACAGGCACCAAUACAGCAGAACAAGGAACAAUAGAUAAUCCAAACAAAGAGGAGGUAUUAGAUGUAGUAAAAGAGAUUUCAGAGGGUUCUCCCUCAGUGAUAACUCAUAAUCCUGAGCAAAGAGAAGAAAAAGUGCAGGAAUAUGUGCAAUCCAUAGAGGCAACAAUAUUGGCUCAGGAGCAGGUGUAUGUGGAGCAAGAUGCAGAUCCACCAGAUCAUUCUUCUUUAGAAAAGGCAAUGGUGAUUUCACAGACUGAUCAUCAGGUGACAUUUUAUGGUUGGGAAGGAGAGGAGGAUGUCAGAGAUCUCCACAGAGAAGACAAAGAGGAGAAUAUUAAGAAAAUUAAGGAAAACAUUCUUAAGCAGGCAGAUAUAUCUCCUAAUAGCAUGUCUAACAAUAAGGGUCAGAAGAAAGUCAAGAAGAAUGCUAUUGACAAGCAAAUUCCACUCAGGGUCAGGACAAUAAACCAGUAUAGAAGAAGAUUGGGCAUGUGCUUAGCCAAUGGCAACUGUAAUGGUAAAAUAUGGUAUUUUGUGGCUGGUAAUAUAUAUGUAGAAGUUCUGAUGGACUCCCCUCAACAAAUUACUUUGAAGCUGUUUUUACAAGAUCUGAAUCAGUAUCUUAUUACUACUUUAGUAUAUGCUAAAUGUAGUGCUUCUGAAAGAAUAGAGUUAUGGGAGGAUAUCUAUCAUCUCUCCAAUACCUUAUCUUGUUCCUGGUUAGUAGGAGGAGAUUUCAAUGUGGUUUUGAAUGAUGAAGAGAAGAUAGGGGGCAAUCCUGGUAGUCCCUUCACCUGGUGGAAUGGUAGAGCAGAUGCAGCAUGUAUUUUUGAGAGAUUGGAUAGGAUGUUGGUGAAUUCAUUGCUUCUGGACAACUUUGGACACAUAGAAGUGGAACAUCUAGCAAGAACUGGUUCAGAUCAUGCUCCACUUAUGUGUACCUAUGGGGAUAAGCAUCAAAAGCUGGUCAAACCUUUUAAAUUUCUAUCUUUCUGGAUAGAACAUGCAUCUUUCCUAGAUACAGUCAGGCAGAAUUGGUCCAUUUGGGAGCAUGAUGAUCCUUUCAUAAACUUCAAAAGCAAGAUGAAAAAGCUAAAAGGAGGGUUAUCCAAAUGGAGUAGGGAAGUGUUUGGAGAUAUAUUCAAGCAGUUGAUCAUAAGGGAGGAAAUAGUGACGUUAAAGGAAAAAUUGUUUGAACAAAACCCAAGCCAAGUAAAUAGAUUGGUUUUGCAUAAAGCUUUGGCUGAGACUAAGAGAUAUUUGCAUUAUGAAAAGGAGUACUGGAGACAAAAAUCAGGUAUGGAUUGGUUUGUAGAUGGAGACAAAAAUACUAGAUUUUUCCAUAAUUUAGUAAAGGGAAGAAGGAAGAAAUUGCAGAUCAAAAGAAUUCAAAACUCAGAUGGUUCAUGGAUUGAGGAUGAAGAUCAAAUGGCAGAUGAGGCUGUGCAUUUUUACUCUCAGCAAUUUUCACAAGAAGAGUUAAUUGGAGAUGAAAAUUUGUUGUCACUCAUUCCUGUUUUGAUUGACCAAAACAGAAAUGAUCUUCUUUGUCAAAUGCCUAGUGUUGAUGAAGUCAAAAACGUUGUGUUCAACCUUAGUGGAGCAAGUGAUAGUGGACCUGAUGGCUUUCCUGGAGUGUUCUACCAGACAUGUUGGGACAUUAUUGGCUUUGAUGUAUACAAGAUGGUGGUGGAUUUCUUUCAGGGUCAUACACUUCCAAAAUCAGUCACUCACACAAAUCUUGUGUUACUACCAAAGAAGGAGUUAAUUCAAAGUUACUUAGACUUAAGACCUAUAAGUUUAAGCAACUUUAUCAACAAAGUGAUGUCAAGAGUUGUUCAUGAUAGAUUGGAGAGUGUGUUACCACAGUUGAUCUCUAUUAAUCAAGCAAGUUUUGUUCAAGGGAGGAGCAUUAUUGAGAAUGUGCUGUUGGCACAAGAAAUAGCCAAAGGAUUUUUCCACUCAACUAGGGGUGUUAAACAAGGUGAUCCUCUUUCACCUUCAUUGUUUAUUUUAUCAACAGAGGUGUUAUCAAGAGCUCUAAAGGCAGAAUUUGACGAUGCUGAGUAUGUGGGCUAUGAAGGGGAGUCAUUGAAGAGAAUCAUGAAGAUACUGCAGGAAUAUGAGGCAAUAUCUGGUCAACUGAUCAAUAAAGGCAAGAGUGCCUUUUAUAUGCAUGACAAGAUUGCUGGUGCACUAUCUCAACAGGUGGAGCAGAUUACAGGCUUUAAAACGGAUCAAUUUCCAUUAACAUACUUGGGAUGUCCUAUAUUUCAUUAA